AUGGCGUCUCCUACGGUGGGAAAUAUUAAAACGUGCCAAAACUGUGCUCGCGGUAAAAUCCGAUGUGUCCGAGCCCCCGAUUCUUCGGCAUGCGAUCGAUGCCAACGCCUGGACAAAGAGUGCUAUUUCCGGCCCGCUCGGGCACGCUACAACCCCGUGAAGAAAGGGACACGAGUCGAGGCUCUUGAAGCAAAGGUCGAUCAACUCUUGUCACGGGUAGCUAAUCAACACCAAACUAUACCCGGUGUUUGUGGCAUACCUAAUCCUGAGCCAAAAGCUCACCCCAACCAGGACAAGUCCCAGGAUGUUAUCGACCGUGGAGUUGUGAGUUAUGAUGAUGCGGCCACUAUACUCAACACCUUCCGGCACAAAUUGAUGCCAUAUUUUCCAUUCGUUUUAAUCGCACCCGAAACGACGCUCGAUCAGCUACGAGCAGAGAAGCCAUUUUUGUUGCUGGCUAUUCUCAAGGUCUCAUUAAGCCAAAACACCGCCACUCAGCAGGUAUUUGAAGGAGCUUUCCAGUCGGCUGUGGCUGACCGGAUGAUACUCUCCCAUAAUCCAUCCAUGGACGUGCUACAGGGACUCCUCAUCGCUUUGGCAUGGUCACAACACCAGUCCGAAAACAUGAGAUUCUCUAGCUAUCUUCAUCUUGCUUGGAGUGUCGUUGGGGAUUUACGACUCGACCGAGUGUCAGAAACCCAGUCAUUCUACUCACGGAUGGCCGUGAACAUGGUAGCAUCAGAUUUAUACAGUACCAAACAAUCUGUGAACGACAAAAGAAGAGCUUUGAUUGGAUGCUAUAUCCUAUCUUCAUGUCGGUCGACAGUGUUGCAAAAGGAUCGCAUGAUGACUCGAUUGCCAUAUAUCGAGAAACAAGCUUUUGAACUGCUAUCAAAUGCCGAAACUGCCAGCGAUCGAUACUUGAUACAACUAGUCAGAUUGCAACGAAUCUUCGAGCGGAUCGAUGACGCUGUGGUCAAUACUGCAAGUUCAGUGCGAGAGGCCGAUAUGCAUGGAUUCCAAACCGAGAUCGAUCAAUAUAAGAUGAAACUGUCAACAGAGUUUUCUGACAAUUCUCUCUUACAAUUUGGCUUACACACUUUACAGCUGUUCCUUUGCCAGGCUUGUUUAUUUGAUAAGGAGGAAACACCUAAUCAGCCUGCUUCAUCAAUACCUCGCUCUCAUUCCGAUGCUGGACUUCCACCGCAUCUUCAAAGUGGUCAUCAACGCUUGGACCUAUCCCCCUUUCAGGUGGAGUUUCUCAGUCGUGGUCUCACCGGAGCGAAGAAGUUCUUCGACUUUUUCUUCACAUUCGCCCCGGAAAGCUAUGGAGCAAUCAAUCAUGCGCAAUGGCUACACACAGGCUUCAAUUUGGUUCUGGGCUGCAAACUUGCUGUGAUGGGUGCAGAAUAUGCCCCACGCAGCCAGCAUGUGGGGGAUCUGUGCUCAGCUCUCAAUAUGCGACAAGUGCUGCGGGGAGUGCUUCACCACCUCGCGAGAUUCAGUAAGGAUAGAGUGGAUACAGAAGUGAAGCAGCACUCCAACCACUUCUACGAGGUCUGGAUGGGACAUAUUAUUGAAUGGUUCGAGCAAAAGUAUCACUUAGUGCAACCCGAGGACAGUCCUGCAUCACUUUCCGAAGUACCUCAUGGCGGCCCUGGGCCAUCCACUUUUCCUAGUGCCUCAUCUUUUCAGGACUCUUCCCUCAUGGGUGAAGGUUAUGGCGUCGCACAAGGGGCACCGGUAUAUGGAACUGGUUCAUGGCCGGACUCCCUAUGGGAUAUAAGCACGGAAGAUAUAUUGAGUGGAUACAUGGGUUUUAUGGAUAUGCCUUAUCCCACUCUACAGACAGCCUGGAAAUGA